CAAAUUACACGCAGGGAACAGAGAGGGAGGGAGGGAGGGAGUGAGCAUAAUAAUUAAUUAGACAGCACGACCCCAGCACCGUCCUUAACCCCCAUUUCCAAACAAUCCCAGUGCUCCACUCCUCUUCCUCCCCCACCUUCCCGUUCUUCUUCCAUCACCACCGCCAUGUCUUCCAAGCCCAAAUCUACUGUAUCUGAUACUCCUAAAAAAGCAUCACCAGCAGCAACCCCUCCCGCUCGAGUUAGUAAACUCAACCGGGGAGUUGCUAAAUCCGAAUCCGAUUUGCCUUCUCCUUUGCAAAAUUCUCGCCUUUCAGUUGAUCGCUCCCCGCUUUCUGUCAAAUCCAAGCCCGUCGUUGAGCGUCGGUCACCCAAGAUCACCACCCCCACCUCCACUCCCCCUGAAAAACAACCGACACGGGUUGCAAAGGGAUCAGAGAUACAGGCUCAAUUAGGUCUUGUUCAGGAAGAUCUGAAGAAGGCAAAGGAGCAGAUAAUUUUGAUUGAGAAAGAGAAGGCAAAAGCAAUUGACGAAUUGAAAGAAGCGCAGAAAGUGGCCGAUGAGGCACAUGAGAAACUCAGAGAGGCUUUGGUGGCUCAAAAGCGAGCCGAGGACAAUUCUGAAAUUGAGAAGUUUCGCGCUGUUGAGUUGGAGCAGGCAGGAAUCGAAGCAUCCCAAAAGAAGGAAGAGGAAUGGGUGAAGGAGCUUGAAGCUGUGAGGAACCAACAUGCUCUGGAUGUGUCCACUCUACUCUCUACCACUCAGGAACUUCAAAGGGUGAAGCAAGAAUUGACCAUGACCUGUGAUGCCAAAAACCAGGCACUGACUCAUGCUGAUGAUGCAACCAAGAUUGCCGAGAUCCAUGCCAAUAAGGUGGAGAUUCUUUUAGCUGAGUUGACUCAGUUAAGAGCCUUGCUAGAUGCAAAGCUUGAAACAGAGGCUAGCGAGAGCAACAAGAUGGUGGUUAGCCUUAAAUCGGAGGUAGACUCUCUCAAACAAGAACUUGAGAAAGCAAAAGGUUACGAGGAGAGGUUGAUAGAGAAAGAGGCUUCCAUUGAACAGCUCAACAUUGAGCUAGAAUCAGCCAAGAUGGCUGAAUCUUAUGCACGUAGUGUAGUUGAGGAGUGGAAAAUUAGGGUUGAGGAAUUAGAGAUGCAGGUUGAAGAAGCAAACAAGUUGGAGAGGUCUGCAUCAGAGUCCUUAGAUUCAGUCAUGAAACAACUCGAGGGAAACAGUGAGUUGUUGCAUGAUGCAGAAUCUGAAAUUUCUGCUCUUAAAGGGAAGGUCAGCUUGCUGGAAAUUACAAUUGGAAGACAUAGAGGGGAUCUUGAGGACUCGGAACUUUGUCUUGAGAUGGCCAAAAAGGAAAAUUAUGAAAUGGCAAAAACGGUUGAGUCGCUUAAGUCUGAGCUUGAAACUCUGAAGGAGGAGAAAAUGCAGGCUUUAAGCAAUGAGAAGCUUGCCUCAUCAAGUAUUCAAACCCUAUUAGAAGAGAAAAACAAACUCACAAAUGAGUUGGAAAAUUCUAGGGAUGAAGAAGAGAAGAGCAAGAAAGCAAUGGAAAGCUUAGCUUCAGCCUUACAUGAAGUCUCCGCAGAAGCAAGAGAAGCCAAAGAAAAGCUGCUGUCUAAUCAAGCUGAGCUUGAGAGUAACGAGUUGCAGAUAGAAGACCUGAAAAUGGUCUUGAAAGCAACAAACGAAAGGUAUGAAGGCAUGCUUGAUGAUGCAAAACACGAAGUUUAUCUUGUUACAAGUAACCUUGAACAAUGCAAGACUGAGUUCCAAAACGCAAAGGCCGACUGGGAGAAGAGAGAACUUCACCUGGCGAAUUGUGUGAAACAUUCAGAAGAAGAAAACUCUUUGAAGGAAAAAGAAAUAAACAGGCUGCAAAAUUUGCUCACAAAAUCAAAUGAGGAAGCUUGUACUUUGAAGGACGAAGAAGCCCAGUUGAAAGAGAGCUUGAAGGAAGUUGAAUCUGAAGUUAUCUAUUUGCAGGAAGCUCUUGCAGAAGCAAAGGCUGAGAACAUGAAAUUACAGGAAAGCAUAUUGGACAAAGAAAAUGAGUUCCAGUGUAUUGUUCAUGAAAAUGAUGAGCUCCGAGACAAGGAGGCAGCUUCUGUUAAAAAGGUUGAGGAAUUGUCUAGGUUAUUGGAAGAAGCUGUGGCGAAGAAGCAAGCCGAGGAAAACGGUGAGCUAACAGAUAGUGAGAAAGACUAUGAUUUGCUUCCAAAGGUAGUUGAAUUCUCUGAAGAGAAUGGGCAUGGAGGAGAAGAGAAACCAAAAUUGGACCUUGCACCAAGUCAAUGUGAGGAACCCAAGAAGGAAAGUUCAUGGGAAGAGAAUAAUAAUGUUGUUACUAAUGGCAAGGCUGAGGAAAUGGAUUAUGCUAAAAGUGAUGAUGUGAAUGGGAAACCAAAAGAAGAUGAGAGCAAAGAGAAGGAAGAUGACUCAGUAGAGGUGGAGUAUAAGAUGUGGGAGAGCUGCAAGAUUGAAAAGAAGGAAUUCUCGCCUGAGAGGGAACAAGAGCAGGAAUCGUUUGAAGAGGAAGUGGAGUCAAAGGUGGGGGGUGGCGAGGGGUUUGAUGAGAUAAAUGGAGUAACUUCAACGGAAAGCGUGGACGAAAGCAGGACCUCUCCAGCAAAGCAACAAAAGAAGAAGAAGCCUUUACUCCGCAAGUUCGGAAGCCUACUGAAGAAGAAGGGCACAAGCAACAACCAGAAGUAGAGAAGGUUGUUGCUUGAAUUGUUUCAUACGUUUGAUUUUCAUUUUUUGGUGCUGAUAUUUUCAGAAUAGGUUAAGAAUGAAGAAGUUUGUAUUAUGUUUAGGGUUUUUUUUAUUUUUAAUAUUUGAUUUCCGAUCUGGGCUGUAUCUUGUAUGUGAUGGGACUUUCAUUUGGUCAUUCCUUCUCCCUUGCACAAUCUGAGAUUGAUAUUGAGGGAAGGAGUUGUAACAUGGACUUGUAUCUUGAUGUGCUUUCAUCUGUUUUAAAAGGAGAUGCAUAUAUCCAUUGUUAUUUGUUA